AAACAGAUGAGAAUUCAUUCAGGAUUUCGCCACCGUCCCACCGAGCAUUUGCAACAACUUGUAUUAGUUGGGAGGAUAAAUGUAGCUUGCUUGUUUACUUUUGGUUGAUGAACUCAGUUGGACUGUUAGGUGGUAACUUUUGGGUUUAAUUAGUGAGUUUGUUAGUUUGGUUGACAAUAUGUUGGCUGUUCAGGUGGUAAAUUGGUUAGUCAGCCAAACUCAUAAUUAGUUUGGGAAUUCAAUGUUUGGUUGGUUGGUUCGUUGGUUAGGUCAUUUUGAUGGUCUCUAGGUUGGUUGUUGGGUCGUCACUUAGGCAGAAAUGAUUUUGCCUCAUGAAACUAGUUACGUUCUUAUGGAGUCGACCUGUUUUUUCUCGACCGUUUGGGGCAGCGGAUCCCUCCGCCCCAGGAUGCCAAGAUAACAGCGCAGUGCUUUGUCCCAACGUUUCAGAUUACGUGAUGGUGUCGUGCUUCCCCAACGCCAUUAUCGCCAAUGUGCCCGAGUGUCCGUACGGAUGGAAGAUGGAGCAGCUCUCCCUGGGGGGUGUGUGCUCUACAGGCGUGCACAGCUCCGGUUACUACCGCUUCAUCAUCCCUGACCUGACGCCCAAGAACCACUCGUACUGCGGCACCCAGUCGGAGUACAUCCCCGGCAAAGACGCCCGCUACGUCUUCUUCAACUCGGUGGUGUCCAACGACACAUCUCUGACGCUCAGGAACCAGCCAGUCAACUACACCUUCAGCUGCGUCUACCGCGCCACCUACCUGGUCAACAACGCCGUCUUCAGUCAGAGGUCGGUAAACGCCUCGUAUGGGCCCUCGGGGAAAAAAAGCUGUGCGUGGAUUAAAAAUGUCUUUGCUUUUUCCAGAGUGGCCACUGUCUACGUCAGCAACGGUACUGUGGGUUCCUUUAAGUCACAGUUGUCCAUGGGUGUGUUCACGAACGCCAAGUUCCUGUAUGCCAAAGAGACACCGUACGUGAUUGACACCUCUGAGAUCGGCUCGGAGGUCUUCGUCGGCGUGGAGGCCAAAGGGCUGAGCGGACGUUUCCGCGUGGUCAUUGAAAAUUGUUGGGCCACGCCUACACCUUACUCCACGGACAGGAGGAGGUGGAGCCUCAUCAUCAACAGCUGCCCGUCCGACGACACGGUGAACAUUUUCGAAAACGCCAAAGACGGCCGCUCCACCUUCAAGUUCAACUCGUUCCGCUUCCGCGGCCAGGAGAAGGUGUCCACCGUGUGGCUCCACUGCGAGGUCCACGUGUGCGACAGCGAACGGAUCGCCUGUCAACCCAGUCCUUGCCUAGCCAGGAGAUUGGCACCAAAAGCCAAGCAACACGCUGGUAUCCUGACUGCUGAAUUUUACAUCAGAGCUAAUGGAUCAUCCAGUAAAGGACACAUCAUCGGUAAAUAUACACAUAUUGUCACAACGCAUUUAAAUUGAAUCAAGUGCGUCUGUGUGUGUGUGUGUGUGUGUGUGUUGUGAUUGUGUAAGCAUGUCUAUUUUUUUAUUUUUUGUCAUCUAGGAGCGUCUCCGCCUCUCCUGCUGCUCAUCCUAAUCAACACAUGCUGUUAUGCUUACACAAGUAAUCAAUGAACAAAAAUCCACUGCUUGUACACUUGGCGCGCAUGCAUCUCAUCAUCGGUGCUUUUACGUGCAUCCUAAAAAGCGGAAAAUGCGCUACUUUGUAGGCUUAGUAGGAUCCGCUGUCAUCAUCUGUUUUUCAACUGCACAUAUAAAAAUGUAUUUGAAAACCCUCCGUUCGAUUCUCGUGUCUUGAGACCCACUUAAUAAAUAUUUUAAAAACG